AUGUCUGGGAAGACAGUUGAUCAGCUAGAGCAACGCGGCUGCCGCCCGCUGCCGUUCAGCUUGGAGGCUGCGAGCGGGGCGGCGGAGCGGUCCCCGGCGGGAGCGGAGUGCGGGGCCGCCCCGCCGGCCGGGCACAGGCGGCUCCGCCUCCCCGGUGCGCACUCGGAGCUCGGCGCCGCGCUGCGGGCGGAGGCGCUGUCCAUGCCGGGGCAGGCGGCGGUGUCCUGGGCGCCGGGCGCCGCCGGCUCCAACAGCAGCGCCGUGCCGUGCCCGGUGGACGCGGGGUUCGCGCAGCGCUUCCUGCCGGCCGUCUACCUGGCCGUGAGCCUGGCGGGGCUGCUGGGCAACGGGCUGGGGCUCUGCAACCUGUGCGCCAAGGCGCGGCGGCGGAGCUGGAGCCCCCUGGGCCUGCUGCUCUGCAACCUGGGGGUGGCCGACCUGCUCUACGUGGUCACCCUGCCCUUCCUGGUGGCUUACUACCUGCAGCGCAGGACCUGGCUCUUCGGCAGAGGAAUGUGCAGGCUGACCCGCGGCCUCUUCCACCUCAACCUCUACGCCAGCAUCGGCUUCCUGACCUGCAUCAGCAUCCAGCGCUACCGGGGCAUCGUCUACCCGCUGAAGGUGCGGGGCAGGGGCCAGACCCUGGGCUCUUCCCUUUUCCUCUGUGCAGUGGUCUGGGGCUGGGUCAUCCUCCAGGUGUCUCCUGAUUUCGCCUUCAGCAAGAUGGAUCCCAAUGGGACACGGUGCCACGAUACGACAGGGAAUGAAAACCUGGGCAGAUACCAGCUCUACAUCCUGGCCAUCACCAUGACGGGGUUUGUCAUCCCCUUUCUCAUCAUCCUCGGAUGCUACUGCCACGUGGUGGUAGUUCUCUGCAGGAAUGGGAACAUUGACCCCAGCAUCAAAAGGAAGUGCAUCAAACUGGCGGUCCUUGUGAUGGUCCUCUUCUCCGUCUGCUUCCUCCCGUAUCACAUCUUCAGGAACCUCAACCUCUUGUACCGAACCUGGCAACACCAGGGGUUCUGCUCCCCGUCUUCAGCAAGCGUCUAUGUUUCCUACCAGGUGACCCGGGGCCUGGCCAGCUUGAAUAGUGCCCUGAACCCCCUUCUGUACAUAAUGACUAGUGAGGACUGUGUCUCGUGGAUGAGGUCCCUCAGUCAAAGAGCUAGCCAGUCGCUGGGGUCUCUCUUACAGAAAGGAACCCAGCACCAACCAGAUGAGAAGAAAGUGAACAUCAUUUUUAGUGAACAGUCUGAAGAGACUUCUGCUGCACUCUGA